AUAAUAUUGUAAACAAGCGUGGAAACGAGUGAGUGCCGUUGCCGGUGAAAAUUGCAUUAUAAACGACUGAAAUUUCACGAAUACUAGUUGAUUUCUCUUGUAAUUGUCCUCUAUUCUCUCCGCUGGGUAACGUUACUAGAUACUAUUAUGAUAUUUCAGUACCUUUGCAAUUUAAGAUACUCUUGAAAAGUGCUUCGACAAAGAAGAGUUCCUGCCAGGUCCUACGAACUGCACAAUUCAUUUCUUCCCACACUUCCCAUUCUCAAUUCUCAAUCAUCUUUCAUAGCUCCUUGCACAUGUGUUCGUCAUGGAGAUCUAACUCUUUCGUCUUCAACACUAAAAUAGACAAUGAACGGGGAUAAUCCCGUCCAAAAAUAUGUGUGCUGUCUCCUCAACGACAACAACCCUGACCACAAACUUAGAGUGAAAAGCGAAUGGCGAGAGAGGGAAGGGACUUUAACCAUCUUAGAAGAGAACAACGCCUGGACUGGAAAGUUUGGGCCGGAGCAAAUCUCAUUAUGGAGUAAAUUACUCGGAAAGACUGAAGAGGACUACUUUCAAGAAACUCUGAAAAUGUUGACCUCCACUGCAGAAUCUUCCGCCUCAUAUACUUUGGAUAAAAGCUCUUUCACAUGGAAGAAAAAAGUAGAUGGUGAUCUGAAGAUUAAAUUUGGCAGUAUUGCAUUAGAAAGUAUUCCAAUCCCGCAUAUAGCCAAUGAAUUUAUCGAUAUUCUACUAAGCACCAAUAAAAAAUUGAACAAACGCAUCGCAACACUGAAAAAUUCAAUAGCUGCCCAUCAAACAGUUCAAAAUAAUUUGCGACAUAGAUUAGAGUCAUAUCCAGCUUUAAUCGAGGAGGAAGAGAAGGCUUUGUACCAAAACUUCCUACACAUCCUGAAUGCUGAAAAGGAUAAAAUUUGUUCCUUGCACAAAAAAUUAGAUAACAGAUUUAAUGUUAAAGAUGUUUUGCUGAGUCACUCAUCCAUCCUUGAAAACUUUGAUGAAAGCUCAAAAAAUGAUCAACCAACCACAAGCAAUCCAUACGAUUCAGAAACGGAUGUGGAUACGGAGGAAGAACCAGAAAAUGAUGUGGAAGUCGAAUCAAACGCAACCAACUCCCAGAAAUCAAAUUCUCAGAAUUCAAUGGAGAAUUUUGCCUUGGAUGAUUCGCAGAACUCGCCAGUUCUGGUUUUAAGCAGGAAGGUGCCAUCGACACAAACAAUAAAAUCAACCAAGAGUGAAUCGAUGAUCGUAGAUCCUGCUGAGCCUGGACCUAGCUCUGCAAAACAACCUUCGUCUCCACCCGCGGAGUCCAAAAAGCAUGAUGAGCCAGAGACUAAAGAAUCUCCGGAAGUAUCGAGUCAUAAUCAGUUGAUGUACAGCACACAAGACUUGUUUGAUGACUUGUAAUUGUUUCUAUCCCUACGCAAUUCAAGUGCUGUUGAUCUGACUCUGAGAGAAUUGAAGCCUUCGGUGAACGGAGGAGGUAAGAAGUGCUUUUGUAUUAUUCAGAAUAACAAGUUUUAAGUUUUAUGAUUGUAUUGAGUCUGCUGACUAGUGGAAAGUUUAAACUGAUGUUCUAAACUUGAAAAUUUGGUUUUUGCAGUCAUCAAUGUAUCAGUGCCUGAGUAUUUUUGCCGUCAUACCACCUUGAUGAUUCUCAUCAACCAAUGUUAUACCGGAUGGAAUCCACUCAAAAGUUAAACAGUGUUUUUGUCAAAUUAAAGAGUUUCUCUAAACGACAUUUUAGCUUCUAUUUGAGUUUAAAGAUCUAGGUGAUAUGUUUAAUUUUCAUAAUUUAAAAGUCAGAAAUUUGUUUGGUAGAUCAUGAGACAAAAAUGAGUUUUCCCACUUGUGCCCACUUGUGACCUUUUGUUUUGUAUGAAUUCUCUUUUUUUUCUUUUUCAUGUAAAAGCAUGAGAUAUUAUGAUUUUUCUCAUAAGAAUAAGAAAGUAAUGUAAACAAUAGUGCUUUCUAGAAACAAGUUUUAAGGGAGAAUGUCAAGGAAAGAUUAAUGACAGAAUUAUUCCAAUGAAAGCAAAGUUACAAUCAGGGCAUAUUUAUUUCAAUUCUUUCCCCUGUUUCACUUUGAUUAUACUUACUGCUUGCUGCAUCAAAUUGAAGCUAUCCCUGCCUGGAGGGGCGAUUUUCACACUGUCGAUUGAUUUUUUUAUUUAUCCUAAAUUACGUUUAUCUCUAACUCUCUACACCAAUGCCUCUUUUCACUGAAGUGAACUUCAGUACAUGUUGAAGUUACCAAAGUUUAACAUAACCUAUUUGGCUUUCAUAAUGUGUUUAAUCCAUCUACUUUGUUUUAAUUUUGUUUUUAUUUUGUCAUGUUCAUAUGGCAAUUUUUGUACUGAAAGUUUCCGAGUUCUG